AGAGCUAAUCCACCUCUAAAAGUUAUGCAGGGAAAUUCUCAAAAUUGCAAAGCUGUAAUAAGGGCUGACCCAAAGUUGAAUCCACAACUCAUCGUUUGCAUUCUUGCAAGCAAAGUAAAUGGUCUUUCUGGUCUUUAUGCUGAUAUAAAGAAGAUCUGCAUAACUGAUUUGGGCAUUCAUUCUCAAUGCUUUCAAAGUAAGGAGAUCGGUGGAUCUGGAUCUCUAUGGAAGCAAAUUUGUUAUAAUGCUGCUUUGAAAAUAAAUGGAAAACUUGGUGGAACAAAUUCUCGUUUAAUUCCAAAACAACUUGAUUUUAAAGGUGCAAAA